UUUUUUACAUUUGUUAUUAACAGAUUAAUAGCAGCAUCCGGUUUCAAGGAUGCAUGCGGCAUUUAAAGUUAACUGUUAUAAACUACUUUUGCAGAUUUUGAACUGCGUGGACUAUUAUUAUAUUAUAGUAUGGACUAUUAUUGUCAAGUCGAGUUCUGUAGAAAAGGGUUUUACAAUGCACGAGGAUUAAUCAAUCAUAUGAUGUUGCAGCAUAGUCAUGAAAAACAACUGAGUUUGUCGUGUAGUUUAGAUAGUUGUGGUUAUCGUUAUAACACUGUUAAUACCUUUAGGUGUCAUCUUUUCAAAUUUCAUGCGUCUCAUCUUGUUUCCAUAAUUUCCGAUAAACUGACUGAUCUAUCUGAAAUUACAUGCGAACAUACAGAAGAAAGUGAUAGAGAAGAAAAUAUCGUGGAAAAGGAAACAGAGAACAUUACCAUUAUUGAGAGUGUAGAUGAAAAUGCCAAUAAACUUAAUACAGAGUUUUCUGAUUUUUUAAAAUGUUUUGGAAAUAAUGUAUGUAUAGCACAGCUACAAUUGCGCGAAAAACACAUGUUACCUCUUUCAGCAGCUUCUGAUAUAUGUGAUAUGGUUAAAUAUUUACUUGAUUUGUUUCAAAACAGUUUUGUAUCAUUAAUAAGACAAAGGCUUAAGGUACUAAAUAUUGAAUCAGAUGACGAUUCUGUGUUGAACCAAAUAUUAACAUUUUCCUCAAUUUAUGACAGAGUGUCCCAAUUAUUUGCAACAGAUCAUCUUAAAAUGUUAUAUAUGCUAAAUAACCUUGAAUUUGUUCCACCAAAAGAACUUGACAUGCCAGCUAAUGAACUUCACCAGUUUAAUGAAAGUGUUGAUGGUUCUAACAAUGAAAUAAGCAGUGAAAUAUUGUCGCCACCUCUUAUAACAAACACAGGUAAUAAUAUUUUUGCAAAAAAACAUGAAAAAAAAAAAAAAAUCAGUCAUUAUAUUUCAAUUCUUCAAACUUUAAAAAACUAUCUUCAAAAAGAUGAUAUAUGGGCGAGCUGUGAACGAAAUCGUCUAAAACCAGUUGAAAAUGAUGGCAUUAUACGAGAUUACUCUGAUGGCACACAUUUUAAAUCAUUAAAUGUUAAUAACAAUAAAUUUAUACGUUUACAUUUGUAUAAUGAUGAGCUAGAAAUAUGUAAUGCACUAGGAAGCAGACGGGGUACUCACAAGAUUUAAAUUUUUUAUUUUUUAGUUGGGAAUAUUGACACUCAUUUAUGGACAAAUCUCGAUCACAUUCAUUUAGUAUUAGUUGCCCAAUACAGUGCUGUCAAAAGGUUUGGAUAUGAUAAAGUUCUAAAUAAACUUAUGCAUGAUGUGAAAUUGCUUGAAAUAUAUGGACUUGAUUUAAAUAUUGAUGGCAGUAUUGAACAUGUAAAUGGUUCUAUUGUACCAUUCUCUGGUGAUAACUUAUCCUCUCAUUCUUUUGGUGGUUUUUCUACUUGCUUUUCAUCUGGCAGAAUUUGUCGCCACUGCAUGGUUUCGUUUAGGUUUCUUUCAGAUGUUCAUUCAGAAUCUUCGUGUCAGUUGCGAACAAUAGAUUUACAUAAAUAUCAUGUUCAACAAGUGAAGACUGAUAAGUCACUUGGUGCUGUAUAUGGUGUUCUUUCUCGUUGUUCUUUAUCUAGUUUACAAUAUUUCGAUGCAAUUGAAUGUUUCCCACCUGAUUUUAUGCAUGAUGGACUUGAAGGACUUUUGAGUGUUAAUUUUUCAAUUGUUGUUAGAAAUCUUAUCAAAGAAAAACUAUUCACUAUUGUUCAAUUAAAAGAAGAAAUCGCAAAAUUCAAGUAUAGCAUUCCAGAUAGUUGUGAUAAACCUGCUGUAUCAUGUAUUCCAAAUAAUUUGGGAACAACCAAUAAAAGAAUCCAUGGAAAAGCAGUAGAGAGAUGGUCGCUAUUUCAUUUUUUGCCAGUUUUUGUCAGUUGCCUAGUAAAAAAUCCUGAUAUACUCCUUAAUAAUAAUUUUUGGCAGCUUCAUUUGCUUUGUCGACAGAUAGUACAAAUCAUUUUGGCUCCAGAAAUUGAUAUAAAUUGGAUACCUAUUCUUGAGCAUCUCAUUCAAAGACACCAUUCUCUACUUGAAUGCAUUAGUCCUGUUUCAUUUAUACCUAAAAUCCAUUAUUUAGAACAUUAUCCUUGAUUACUAUUACAUUUU